AUCAGGAUUGUGCACUUGAUUCAUUGGGUACCAGUAAGUUCAAACAUUGUCGGUCGCAUUGCGGUUUGCUCGAGAGAGCGCGGGUGUCAAUCGAUGAGAGGAUUCUCCAGAGGAAGCGAUCGUAAGGUACCAGGUGUUCAUCAGGUACAAGGGUGUUGGUCUAAUGUGGUGAAGGAUGGUCUUCGAGCCCAUCACUCAGGAGCAGAGGAGACGCUUCUUUAGGCAGGGAUAUGGAGCUCAUCUGCCUGGUACUUUGAAAUCUUAGCCAGCUGUCUGCCACAUGGAAUCGUGACAAAUUAUACAACGAUACAGUUUGGAUUUGGAUAGCCAUGGUAAUUUAACAAGGCUGAGAAUGCCCUUGGCGAUAUCUCAUCCGAAUAUUCUCGGUGGUCCAUAUCUGAGGUGCUCCAGUGAGCGUAAUGGAGGGACUUCUACAAUACAGCCUAAUUCCAUCAGAAGUACAGGACAAAAGUAAUCGUUCCUCAUGAAAAAUAUUAAAACAAGGAUCCUCGUUACAACUCAGAAGACAUGAAAAAAAUGGGAUGCUUACAAACAGAGAUGAACUCAACAUACGUAAUGAAUGGAUACAGCUGGGGAAAAAAUCGCAAAUGUCAAGAGGACCGCUGGAGGACAUUUUACCAAAGAGGCACGAUACACCGGCCAUUGUCCAACUCUCAAGUUUCGGGUUGGCAAGAGAUUCGGAGCCUGUACAGAAGAGAUAAUGAAGGCACCGUUACAGGAACUCCUCGAGAAAGAGAUCCUGAAGAAUGGUCCAUAUAGACCAGCAUCUGGGAAGGAGGUCCUGAUACCUAUUGUCCGAGAAAAGGAUAUCAGGAGAGACUGGAAAAAUGACGCUUACCUGCACAAAGCGCCACCUUAUAUCCUAGGCUAUACUGGAUACAUUCCGGGUUUCAACAAUAGGUACGGAUUACCCUUUAAGAAAGCUGUUGAAGAGGGUCGCAAGGAAUGGCGAGACACACAGAAUGAGCUAAGGGCUAAAAGGGACGCCCUAAGAGCCCAUGUUGAAAGAACCGAUCCCAGGAAUCUGUUAGCUAGAGCCAGAGCGGACAACGUUGAUGUGGAGAUUGAUCACGGUCAUGACAGAGAUAGAACAUUCUUUGAGCAUCACGUGUCACCAGAGAAGCCACCGAUUGUGGGCUACACUGGACACAUACCUGGCGCUAAGGGCGAAGUUGCCCUUUCGAAGAGGUAUGCACAAGCUGCCAGGAGAGGACUGGAGCUUAUUCAUAAAGAACGUGCGGAGAGGUAUGGUACUAAGGACAAGAAUGCAGUUCAAAGGGUCCUUGAUGUAGCGUACCUGGAUGAAACUGGACACAGUAGAGCAUAAAGCUAAUAUACUUUGCUACUGUCACUUUUAAUGACGCUCACUCUGUUAUUUAUUGCGUUAUUUAACUUCGAAGUUAUACUCGUUAUUAGAUUAUAUUCUAGCGAAUAAGUCAAUGUAUUCCGUCCAUUGCUCGAGUGGCAUAACACGUGUAUUAUAUGUAUACAUAUAUGUAGAUUUUAACUUGAGAUUAUUAUAAGUAAUACUCAAGAGAUACACAUAACGUUCUUAUUUGGUCGGCCAUUUUGGAUCGUUCAGUAUUAGAAUUUCAGAUAAUUAUUUUUUUCUCAUAUGUGUUUCGUCCUUGAAACAUCUACGAUGAAUAUGUGUGCCUCAUUAAUUGUAUGCUAGUUUCAUUUCUUAUAAGAAAUGAAAUUUAGUUACAAAUUUAUGACAUUGCUGUAAGGUAAACUAAUUGCUGACUUUAGAGAUGGCUAUUAUGUACUUGAUGGAAGGUCGGGCUUUCUUGGAGUUCAGCAACAAUGAAAUUUAUCGUUGGACGGUUGAUACCCUUCGGUAUUUAAUCAUGUAAAUAAAGCAUUUACCAUUCCAAGA